CUCUAUUUUGCUCCUGAGCCUCCACGGUCGUGUCCAGACCCGCUGUCUCGUUCUCAGCAACGCCUGAAGAAUCGCCGUCGCUGCCGUUGUUUUUUUCACCACCACCACCCACCAUCAGUACUACAAUGUCGAGUCGCCGCAGACGAGGAUGUCUCAAAUCGCCCAUCGCGAGCCCGAGCCUGGAUGCGGGUCAGUCACGGAAAUGUGUUGCCUUUUGCGAUGCUGGGAGUGAAGAGGUGCAUGUAGCUGAUGAAUGGGAUAGGACGCCUUCGGAGCCUGCACGCAGUUUGUCAUACCAGGACAUACUUGAGCUCAAGGCGAUUCAGCGGACACUGCCAAGAGCAAAUCAGUUGCCUGAUAUGUACACUGGCAAACCCGCGUCGCAAUUCCUUUCAAAGGUUCCAAUAGGCCUAUUGCCUUUACUUCCGACGAGCUCACCACCACCACCACCACCAACAACAACUGACCCUUCACCUCCGCGGCAACCAUCCGAGGAACGGACCUCGUAUUUUCCCCCAUCGAGUCCUCCCCCCAAAGUGAAGAAAUUUGCUUUCCUGCCUCUUCUAGAAACUCCGCCUGCAUCACCAUGUUCAUGUCCUCCUCCUCCUCCACCUCCACCAUCUACGAUCAACAGCGGCCAUGCACCAUUUUUCCAUGUCCCACCAUCGAAAUGUGCCGGCCGGAAAGCUGGCACGCUCCAAGCCGUAGCUUCACCUGGCCUCCUUCCACCGUCUCCACUAUUCCUAGAUCCUCCUCCUCAGGCUUCAAGCUCGAAAAGUGCCGCGGCGAAUAACAAUCUACUUGGCUCCGCCACGCCUAUUCGGCGGCGGAAUGUCAUGUACAUCAAUGGGCAGGAAAUCGAUUUGGACGAAGAGGAAGAGGCUCAGAAGAGUACGGUUGAAGAGACUAUCCGUCCGGAAUUAGUCUCAUGUUCUUUUCGAUCGCGCCGCUCGCGAUCGAUAUCCGCGGGUUCAUUGAAACAGGAGAAGCUUCCGCCUUCACCGCCUAUACCCAUUGCUGCCCCGAUACCCACACCGCACAAAGUUGCGUCGUCGCCCUCCUCGAGCGCACCCAUAUCGACGUUAUCGCCUGUCAAGAUUCGUUCUUCCUCCCCUGUACAGUCACGUUCAUCUGUUCGCUCUCCACCUGCGACGACGAACUCGUUCGCACCUAUCAAGGUCGUUCGGGCGACGAGGGAUAAUAGGAAUCCAAGUAAUCUCGUAUCGCUGUCUUCGUCGUGGCGCAGGUCUCCAAGUCCGCGGACGAGCCCAGUGCCGGUUCCUCUUGCUUAGGUGGUUGCGUGAGUUUGCGAAAAGACACUGUUGUUAGAAACGUGACUCUUUUUA